AUGGCCGGAACACGCAAAUCAGCUCGCGUCGCUGAGCAGGGCCAGAGUGCAAGCCCACCAUCAACGUCGAAGAAGGGAACGAAGCGCAAGGCUGGCGACGAUGCUAGUCCCUCGAAGGCCAAGAAAGAGCAGAAGACUCUGGAAGAGACCGUCCAGUCUUCUGAGCCCGUCGGCGACGGUAUUGAGGACGCGAAGAUGAAGGAAGCCGAAGGCGAAACCAAUGGCGAAGCCACAGAAGAUCAGCCCCAAGAGAAAAAUGCUCUUGAAGAGGUCAAAGCCGAUGAGGGCGAAGCUGGAGCGACAAGCAAGCCGGAAGAGAGCAAGAACGCUGCCAAUGGCGACGCUGCCAAUGGCGACGCUGCCAAUGGCGACGCUGAAGCAACCGCAGUCGAAGAAGACGAGGAGCGCGAGAAGGCUCAGCCAUCUAACAUCUUGGAGAAAGGCAUCAUCUACUUCUUCACUCGCGGCCGCGUCGGCACCGAUGACCCGAACAGCGUUCAAGAUAUCCAGCGAAGUUUCUUCGUUCUUCGGCCUUUGCCAGCAGGUGCCAAGCUCACGGAUGGAGCCAUUCAGGAUGUUGGAAAUAACCGUCUCAUUGCAUUGCCCAAGAAGGUCUGGCCAAAGAGCGGCAGAGACAGGUUCAUGGCAUUCGUCGAGAAGAGCAAGACCAGUAUGGAUGAGCUCAAGGAGACGUUCUUCCAAGGAUCGGACUACAGCACCAAGACGACUGGAACUCGACACACCCCAGAGGUGACACCGAUUGGCGAAGGAGUUUAUGCUCUGACCGCCAGCGGAGAUGGGCAAACGACGACUCAUCUGACCUACAUGCUAACAAUUCCCCAGGAGAUUGGAGAGGUCCAAAAGGACAUUGGCUUGGCUGAAAAGGGCAGCUUCAUCCUGAGCACCAAGAAUCCAGAAGGCUCAGCGCCAUCGUACGCCUUGCCAGCGACUGCAGAAUAUCCAAAGGAGAUCCUGGAAGAGUUCGGCAGCCGUGGGUGGUUGCCCACCAAGCCCGAGCACAUCAACUACCAGAACGCGAGCUUCCUGCUCAUUGGAGAAAGCAUUGAUUCCGGCUCGGCUCUAGAGCCUGCUACACAGGACCAGAAGAAGGAGGAGAAAGAGGUGCCCGAAGAGGAACUCAUCAAGCUUGAGGAAGAGGAUGAAGAGCGGAUCAAGAACCUCAAAGGCGAUAAGACCAUCUUUGAGGAUCUCGGCAUCUCGUCGAAGGAGUAUCCCAAGGUGAAGUCAACCUGGUAG